AUGGCCUCGGUAAUGACCAAGGCGGCCCUCACCCCGCCCCUACGAAGGGCUUUGCUCCAGUCGAGGAGCUUCCAGACGACCUCGAGGAAUCUCAUCCCCUCUUCCUUCGGCGCCAGCGCUGCGGCUGGCGGUGUUCCUUCUUACUUCCAGAAGCCGUCGCUCCCUGCAAACACGAUCAUCCGGUUCGUACCGCAACAAACAGCAUGGAUCGUUGAGCGCAUGGGAAAAUUCAACCGGAUCCUGGAUCCCGGUCUCGCCGUUCUGGUCCCCUUCAUCGACCGCAUCGCAUACGUCAAGUCGCUGAAGGAAAACGCCAUUGAGAUCCCCAGCCAAAGCGCCAUCACGGCCGACAACGUCACACUCGACCUCGACGGUGUGCUCUACACACGCGUCUUUGACGCAUACAAGGCCAGCUACGGUGUCGAAGACGCCGAGUACGCCAUCUCCCAGCUGGCGCAGACGACAAUGCGCUCCGAAAUCGGCCAGCUGUCCCUCGACCACGUCCUCAAGGAGCGUGCCGCCCUCAACACGAACAUCACCGCCGCCAUCAACGAGGCUGCCCAGGCGUGGGGCGUGACCUGCCUGCGUUACGAGAUUCGCGACAUUCACGCCCCCGAUGGCGUCGUCGAGGCCAUGCACCGCCAGGUGACAGCCGAGCGCUCGAAGCGUGCCGAAAUUCUCGACUCCGAGGGCCAGAGGCAGUCGGCCAUCAACAUUGCCGAGGGUAAGAAGCAGAGCGUGAUCCUCGCCUCCGAGGCUCUGAAGGCCGAGCAGAUCAACCGCGCGUCCGGUGAGGCCGAGGCCAUCCUCAUGAAGGCCAAGGCCACGGCGGCCGGUAUUGAAGCCGUCGCGAAGAGCAUCGCCGAAGGCGAGGAGGCUGCGCAAGGUGCUGUCAGCCUGUCUGUGGCGGAGAAGUACGUGGAUGCCUUUGGCAAGCUCGCCAAGGAGAGCACGGCCGUCGUGGUGCCGGGCAACGUGGGCGACAUUGGUAGCAUGAUUGCCACGGGCCUCAGCGUCUACGGCAAGGUCAGCCAGACCCAAGCGAGGACAGUGGCAAAGCAGAUUAUCGCCAACGAGAAUGACGGGGAGGCCGAGGCUGAUGCGCCAAGAAACCUGAAGAACACGGUUCUCGACAGCUUCGACAAGGCGGCCAACAGGAGCUAA